AUGUUAUCAUUUUGUUCCCUUCAUUUCCUUACAGAAAGCUUCCUAGUUGUUGUUCUGGUUGAAAUUUUAUUUUUUUGUAUUCAAACGUUUUUUUUACUAUAUUGGCGUACACAAUUAGGUUUUCUAUUCAAACGGUUUUAUACUUAUAUCCGAUAUCUCCAACUUUCUGGGGAUCCCUACACUUACCAACUGUCAAUGUCGACCGUAAAAGAGACUGACAUAGUUGUUGCUAAGUUCGACUACAAGGCAACGGACAAUCAAGAGCUGGAUAUUCAUAAAGGAGAGAAGUUAACUCUCAUGGAUGAUACUCAGCAUUGGUGGAAGGUUAUGAAUUCCUUUGGUCAAGUUGGCUAUGUUCCAAGCAACUACGUCAAACGGUCCAAACAGGUAUGCCAUACAACAUUGUUUAGCUACUGUUUACCUUCUAAAUAUGGCCCCAUGGCUUAA